AUGGCUGCAGCUCCCCCAAGUUACUGUUUUGUAGCCUUUCCCCCAUGUUCUAAAGAUGGGCUGGUGGUGUUUGGAAAGAACUCCGCACGGCCUAGGGAUGAAGUGCAGGAGGUGGUCUACUUUGCUGCCGCAGAUCAUGAUCCAGGAAGCAAAGUUGAGUGUACAUAUAUUGAGAUUGAGCAGGUGCCGAAGACUCAUGCUGUUGUGCUGAGCAGGCCCUCCUGGCUUUGGGGUGCGGAAAUGGGAGCUAACGAACAUGGAGUCUGUGUAGCUAAUGAAGCCGUUGUGACCAGAGAGCCAGCUUCUGAAUCUGAAGCCUUGCUUGGAAUGGAUCUUGUCAGACUUGGCCUAGAAAGAGGUGCAACAGCUAAAGAAGCAUUGGAUGUAAUAGUUACUCUGUUGGAAGAGCAUGGACAAGGUGGAAAUUAUUAUGAAGAUGGGAGUUCAUGCCAUACUUUCCAAAGUGCAUUUUUGAUUGUGGACAGAAAUGAAGCCUGGAUACUGGAGACUUCUGGAAAGUACUGGGCAGCAGAAAAAAUCACAGAGGGGGUGAAAUGCAUUUGCAAUCAGCUUUCAUUAACUACAAAAAUUGAUGCUGAACAUCCUGAACUAAGGAAUUACGUGAAAAGUCAAGGCUGGUGGAAUGGAGACUCAGACUUCAAUUUUUCUGAAGUGUUCUCUCUUGCUGAUGGCCAUUUAGCCUGCUGUUCUGGCAGGGAGAGCCUUGAAAAGCAAGGUGGUGACGUUUCUGCGCAAGCUAUGAUUGAUGUCCUGCGUGACAAGGAUAGUGGUGUCUGUGUGGACUCUGAAUCUUUCCUUACUACAGCUAGCAUAGUGUCUGUUCUGCCUCAAGACCCUAGUUUUCCCUGUGUUCAUUACUUUACUGGCACGCCAGACCCUUCAAGGUAA